GGGCCGGCUGCGCGAUGGCUGCUGCCGCGGCGCGUCGGGCCCGAGGCGGUGCUGCGGGAGCGGGUCGGCGUGGGAGGCACGACAGCUCGAAAGGCACCGGCGCGGCACCCACGACCCAGGAAGCGAGGCCGAGGUUGUUUCUUAGAAACAUGAUUGUUUGUUGGACUUGAUCUCACAGCCCAGUGAGGACGUCUUUACUGAUAAUGUCAAAUUCAGGCUAUCCUCCCAACCAAGGAGCUUUCAGCACAGAGCAAAGUCGUUAUCCUUCACAUUCUGUCCAGUAUACUUUUCCCAGCACCAGACACCAGCAGGAGUUUGCAGUCCCUGACUAUCGCUCUCCUCAUAUUGAAGUUAGUCAGGCAUCACAGCUUUUGCAGCAGCAGCAGCAGCAGCAGCAGCAGCAGCAGCAGCUUCGAAGACGACCUUCCUUGCUUUCAGAAUUUCACCCAGGUUCUGACAGGCCUCAAGAAAGAAGAACUGGAUAUGAACAAUUUCACUCAGGCCCCUCACCAGUGGAUCAUGAUUCAUUGGAGUCAAAGCGGCCACGCCUGGAGCCAGUUUCUGAUGCCCAUUUCCAGCGUGUUAGUGCUGCUGUUUUACCUUUAGUUCACACGUUGCCAGAAGGGUUGAGGUCAUCUGCAGACACUAAGAAGGAUCCAGCAUUUGGAGGCAAACAUGAAGCUCCAUCCUCUCCACUGUCUGGGCAACCAUGUGGAGAUGAUCAAAACGCUUCACCUUCAAAGCUUUCAAAAGAAGAGUUAAUACAGAGUAUGGACCGAGUAGAUCGAGAGAUUGCAAAAGUAGAGCAGCAGAUCCUUAAACUGAAAAAGAAGCAACAACAGCUAGAAGAAGAAGCAGCUAAGCCUCCUGAGCCGGAGAAGCCUGUGUCCCCUCCUCCUGUGGAACAGAAACACCGUAGUAUUGUCCAAAUUAUUUAUGAUGAGAAUCGGAAAAAAGCAGAAGAAGCUCAUAAAAUUUUUGAAGGUCUUGGCCCAAAAGUUGAACUGCCACUCUAUAAUCAGCCAUCAGAUACCAAGGUGUACCAUGAGAACAUCAAGACAAACCAGGUGAUGAGGAAAAAACUCAUUUUAUUUUUUAAAAGAAGAAAUCAUGCAAGAAAACAAAGGGAACAAAAAAUCUGCCAGCGUUAUGAUCAGCUCAUGGAAGCAUGGGAGAAAAAAGUGGACAGAAUAGAAAACAAUCCCCGGAGGAAAGCAAAAGAAAGCAAAACAAGGGAGUACUAUGAGAAGCAGUUUCCAGAAAUUCGAAAACAAAGAGAGCAGCAAGAACGGUUUCAACGAGUUGGUCAGAGGGGAGCUGGUCUUUCAGCUACCAUUGCUAGGAGUGAGCAUGAGAUUUCUGAAAUUAUCGAUGGUCUUUCUGAGCAGGAGAAUAAUGAGAAACAAAUGCGGCAGCUUUCUGUGAUUCCACCUAUGAUGUUUGAUGCAGAGCAAAGAAGGGUCAAGUUCAUCAAUAUGAAUGGGCUUAUGGAGGAUCCUAUGAAAGUUUAUAAAGAUAGACAGUUUAUGAAUGUUUGGACUGACCAUGAAAAGGAGAUCUUUAAGGACAAGUUUAUUCAGCAUCCCAAAAACUUUGGACUAAUUGCAUCCUACUUGGAAAGGAAGAGUGUGCCUGAUUGUGUUUUAUAUUACUAUUUAACCAAGAAAAAUGAGAAUUAUAAAGCCCUAGUGAGAAGGAAUUAUGGAAAACGGAGAGGCAGAAAUCAGCAGAUUGCCCGUCCCUCGCAAGAAGAAAAAGUAGAAGAAAAAGAAGAGGAUAAAGGAGAAAAAACAGAGAAAAAGGAAGAAGAAAAGAAGGAUGAUGAAGAAAAAGAUGAGAAGGAAGACUCAAAAGAAACUACCAAGGAAAAGGACCGAACGGAAGGCACAACAGAGGAAACGGAGGAGAGAGAGCAGGCCACGCCCAGGGGCAGAAAGACUGCUAACAGCCAGGGGCGUCGCAAGGGCCGGAUCACCAGGUCCAUGACAAGUGAAGCUGCAGCUGCUAGUGCUGCUGCGGCCACCGAGGAGCCCCCUCCUCCCCUGCCACCACCUCCAGAGCCUGUUUCUACUGAGCCCGUUGAAACCUCACGAUGGACUGAAGAAGAAAUGGAAGUUGCUAAAAAAGGCCUAGUAGAACAUGGUCGUAACUGGGCAGCUAUCGCCAAGAUGGUGGGAACUAAAAGUGAAGCCCAAUGUAAAAACUUCUAUUUUAACUAUAAAAGGCGGCACAAUCUUGACAACCUCUUACAGCAACAUAAACAGAAAGCUUCACGAAAACCUCGUGAGGAACGAGAUGUGUCUCAAUGUGAAAGUGUUGCUUCCACUGUUUCUGCUCAGGAGGAUGAAGAUAUUGAAGCCUCCAAUGAGGAAGAAAAUCCAGAAGAUAGUGAAGGUGCUGAAAAUAGUUCUGAUACAGAAAGUGCUCCCUCUCCUUCACCAGUUGAAGCUGCCAAGCCCAGUGAAGACAGCAGUGAAAAUGCUGCUUCUCGAGGAAACACCGAACCUGUGGCCGAGCCUGAGGCUACCACUGACCCUGCACCCUGUGCAUCUCCCUCUUCAGCAGUUCCAAGCACAAAACCAGCUGAAAGGGAAAGCGUGGCGGCCCAGGGGACUGACAGCGCCAGUGUGGAGACAGCAGAGCUGAUGGAUGUAGACCGCGAGGAUGUAGACCGCAGUGCUGAAGCCAGUUCUGUUCUUGACCCGCCAGCCGCUCCCAAAGCCGACUCUGUAGACACAGGAAACACUGCGUCUAAAGGUGAAGGAGAUGCCAAAGAAAGAGACUUGGAGAGCACCAGUGAGAAGACAGAGGCUGGAGAGGAAGACUUGGUGGUGGCAGAGCAGAUGAAUCUCCAGAGGCCUGAGCCACAGUCAGACAACGACUCCAGUGCCACAUGCAGUGCUGAUGAGGAUGUGGAUGUAGAGCCGGAGAGGCCGAGAGUGUUUCCUAUGGAUGCAAAGCCUUCAUUGUUAAAUCCGACUGGGUCUAUACUAGUUUCAUCUCCUAUUAAACCAAAUCCAUUGGAUCUGCCACAGCUUCAACAUCGAGCUGCUGUUAUCCCACCAAUGGUUUCUUGCACCCCAUGUAGUAUACCAAUUGGAACCCCUGUGAGUGGCUAUGCUCUUUACCAGCGGCAUAUUAAGGCCAUGCACGAGUCGGCUCUCCUGGAGGAACAGCGUCAGAGGCAAGAACAGAUAGACUUGGAAUGUAGAAGCUCUACAAGUCCGUGCGGUACUGCUAAGAGUCCAAACAGGGAGUGGGAAGUCCUCCAACCUGCUCCACAUCAAGUGAUAACUAACCUUCCUGAGGGCGUUCGGCUUCCAACAACACGACCAACCAGACCACCUCCCCCUCUCAUCCCAUCGUCUAAAACCACUGCGGCAUCAGAGAAGCCAUCCUUCAUAAUGGGAGGGUCCAUCUCACAGGGAACUCCUGGCACUUACUUGACUUCUCAUAAUCAGGCUUAUACUCAAGAAGCAGCUAAGCCCUCAGUGGGAUCUAUCUCUCUUGGAUUGCCACGGCAGCAGGAAUCUACCAAAUCAGCUCCUUCGACCUACAUCAAGCAGGAAGAAUUUUCUCCAAGAAGCCAAAACUCACAACCAGAGGGCUUAUUGGUCAGGGCACAGCAUGAAGGUGUGGUCAGAGGCACUGUAGGGGCUGUCCAAGAGGGAAGUAUAACUCGGGGAACUCCAGCCAGCAAAAUCUCAGUGGAGAGCAUUUCAUCAUUGCGGGGCUCUAUUACCCAGGGAACCCCAGCUUUGCCCCAGGCUGGCAUACCAACAGAGGCUUUGGUGAAGGGACCUGUUUCCAGGAUGCCCAUUGAAGAAAGUAGUCCUGAGAAAGUCAGAGAGGAAGCUGCAUCCAAAGGCCAUGUUAUUUAUGAAGGCAAAAGUGGACAUAUCUUAUCAUAUGAUAAUAUUAAGAAUGCCCGAGAAGGGACUCGGAGUCCAAGAACAGCUCAUGAAAUCAGUUUAAAAAGAAGCUAUGAGUCAGUGGAAGGAAAUAUAAAGCAAGGCAUGUCAAUGAGGGAGUCUCCUGUAUCAGCACCAUUAGAGGGUCUGAUAUGCCGAGCAUUACCCAGAGGGAGCCCUCAUCCUGACCUUAAAGAGAGAACUGUGCUAUCUGGUUCCAUAAUGCAGGGCACACCAAGAGCAACAACUGAUAGCUUUGAAGACGGCCUUAAAUAUCCCAAACAGAUUAAAAGGGAAAGCCCUCCUAUCAGAGCAUUUGAAGGCGCCAUUACCAAAGGAAAACCAUAUGAUGGUAUCACCACCAUCAAAGAAAUGGGGCGUUCCAUUCAUGAGAUUCCACGACAAGAUAUUCUAACUCAGGAAAGCCGAAAAACUCCAGAAGUGGUCCAGAGCACAAGGCCAAUAAUUGAGGGUUCCAUUUCCCAGGGCACACCAAUCAAAUUUGACAACAACUCAGGUCAAUCAGCUAUCAAACACAAUGUGAAGUCCUUAAUAACAGGGCCUAGCAAACUACCCCGUGGAGUGCUGGAAAUUGUACCAGAGAACAUAAAAGUAGUAGAACGGGGAAAAUAUGAGGAUGUGAAAGCCGGUGAGCCAGUGCGUCCCCGGCACACGUCAGUGGUGAGCUCUGGCCCCUCCGUUCUCAGGUCUACAUUUCAUGAAGUUCCCAAAGCACAGCUGAGCCCGGGAAUCUAUGAUGACAGCAGUGCUCGCAGGACCCCUGUGAGUUACCAAAGCACCAUAUCCAGAGGCUCACCUAUGAUGAACAGAACUGCUGACGUUUCUUCCAGCAAGUCUACCAGUCAUGAAAGGAAAUCAACUCUGACCCCAACCCAAAGAGAAAGUCUAGCAGCCAAGUCUCCGGUGCCCGGGGUGGAUCCUGUCAUGAGUCACAGCCCAUUUGAUACUCAUCUUCGGAGUAGCGCUGCAGGAGAGGUUUACCGGGGUCCCUUUCCCACACACUUGGAUCCAACCAUGACCUUUCACAGGACUUUGGAUCCUGCUGCUGCUCUCCUGUUUCAGAGACAGCUCUCACCAACCCCAGGAUACCCGAGUCAGUACCAGCUGUAUGCAAUGGAGAACACACGACAGACCAUCCUAAAUGAUUACAUUACCUCACAACAGAUGCAAGUGAGUUUGCGUCCUGAUGUCGCCAGAGGACUGUCCCCACGAGAGCAGCCACUGGGUCUCCCUUACCCAGCUACAAGAGGAAUCAUUGACUUGACCAAUAUGCCUCCAACAAUUUUAGUGCCUCAUGCUGGGGGAGCGAGCACUCCUCCCAUGGACAGAAUCACUUACAUCCCUGGUACACAGAUUAGUUUCCCUCCCAGGCCGUACAAUGCUGCCUCUUUGUCUCCAGGACACCCAGCACACCUUACUGCAGCUGCAAGUGCUGAGCGGGAUCGAGAGCGCGAAAGGGAGAAGGAGCGUGAGCGUGAAAGGGAGCGCGAACGUGAAAGGGAGCGCGAACGGGAACGGGAACGUGAACGUGAACGAGAACGUGAACGAGAACGAGAAAGGAUGUCUGCUAAUUCCUCUGAUCUCUACCUACGACCAGGCUCAGAACAGCCAGGCCGACCUGGCAGCCAUGGAUAUGCUCGCUCCCCUUCCCCUUCAGUAAGAACUCAGGAGACCAUGCUGCAACAGAGACCCAGUGUUUUCCAGGGAACCAAUGGAACCAGUGUAAUCACACCUUUGGAUCCAACUGCUCAGCUACGAAUCAUGCCACUGCCUGCUGGGGGCCCUUCCAUAAGUCAAGGCCUGCCAGCCUCCCGCUACAACACUGCUGCGGAUGCCCUGGCUGCUCUUGUGGACGCUGCAGCUUCUGCACCCCAGAUGGAUGUUUCCAAAACAAAAGAGAGUAAGCAUGAAGCUGCCAGGUUAGAAGACAAUUUGAGAAGCAGGUCAGCAGCAGUUAGUGAACAGCAGCAGCUAGAGCAGAAAAACCUGGAGGUGGAGAAGAGAUCUGUUCAGUGUGUGUGCACUUCUGCAGCCCUUCCGAGUGGCAAGCCCCAGCCUCAUGCCUCAGUAGUGUAUUCUGAGGCUGGGAAAGAUAAAGGGCCUCCUCCAAAAUCCAGAUAUGAGGAAGAGCUAAGGACCCGAGGGAAGACUACCAUUACUGCAGCUAACUUCAUAGACGUGAUCAUCACCCGGCAAAUUGCCUCGGACAAGGAUACGAGGGACCGUGGCUCUCAAAGUUCAGACUCUUCUAGUAGCUUGUCUUCUCACAGGUAUGAAGCACCUAGUGAUGCUAUUGAGGUGAUAAGUCCUGCCAGCUCCCCUGCACCUACCCAGGACAAGCCACAGGCCUAUCAGCCAGAGAUGGCUAAGCAAGCAGAAAGUGAACCCACUCGACAGUAUGAAGGACCACUGCAUCACUAUCGGUCACAGCAGGAGUCCCCAUCCCCACAGCAGCAGCCGCCGCCACUGCCCUCAGCCUCUCAGGCCGAAGGAAUGGGGCAGGUGCCCAGGACCCAUCGGCUGAUCACACUUGCUGAUCACAUCUGUCAAAUUAUCACACAAGAUUUUGCUAGAAAUCAAGUUUCCUCGCAGCCUCCUACUUCAACAUUCCAAACUUCACCAUCUGCUCUGGCAUCCACACCUGUAAGAGCUAAAACAUCGAGUCGCUACAGCCCAGAGUCCCAGUCCCAGACUGUCCUGCAUCCAAGACCAGGUUCUAGAGUCUCUCCAGAACAUCUUGUGGAUAAAUCCCGGGGAAGCAGGCCUGGGAAAUCUCCAGAGAGGAGUCACAUCUCGUCAGAGCCCUAUGAGCCCAUCUCCCCACCCCAGGUCCCUGCUGUGCAUGAGAAGGACAACAUGCUGCUCUUGUCACAGAGGGGGGCGGAGCCUGCCGAGCAGAGGAAUGAUUCUCGAUCACCAGGAAGUAUAAGCUACUUGCCUUCAUUCUUCACCAAGCUCGAAAGCACAUCACCCAUGGUUAAAUCAAAGAAGCAGGAAAUUUUUCGUAAGUUGAACUCCUCUGGUGGAGGUGACUCUGAUAUGGCAGCUGCACAGCCAGGAACUGAGAUCUUCAAUCUGCCCGCAGUUACUACAUCAGGUGCAGUUAGCUCAAGAAGCCAUUCUUUUGCUGAUCCUGCCAGUAAUCUUGGUCUAGAAGACAUCAUUAGAAAGGCUCUCAUGGGAAGUUUCGAUGAUAAAGUUGAAGAUCAUGGUGUUGUCAUGCCCCAACCUGUGGGAAUUGUGCCUGGUAGUGCCAGUACCUCAGUUGUGACCAGCAGUGAGACUCGGAGAGAUGAAGGGGACCCAUCACCUCAUUCAGGAGUAUGCAAACCAAAGCUGAUCAACAAGUCAAACAGCCGGAAGUCUAAAUCUCCUAUUCCUGGGCAAAGCUACUUAGGGACUGAACGACCUUCUUCAGUCUCCUCUGUACAUUCAGAAGGUGAUUACCACAGGCAGACACCAGGAUGGGCCUGGGAAGACAGGCCCUCUUCCACAGGAUCUACCCAGUUCCCUUACAACCCUCUGACCAUGCGGAUGCUCAGCAGUACCCCACCAACACCGAUCUCGUGUGCCCCAUCUGCCAUCAGCCAAGCAGCUCCCCAUCAGCAGAACCGCAUCUGGGAGCGAGAACCUGCCCCGCUGCUCUCCGCGCAGUAUGAGACACUGUCUGAUAGUGACGACUGACCUGUGCACAGCAGGGAACUCUGGCUUUGGUCUCAAGUACAGAUUAAAAAAGAAUGUCUGCUCUCUUAUGAUUUGUGCCCAGAGACUUCUCAGAGGAGCCAGGGCCACAGAUGAAGAAGAAAUGAUGUAAAUUCAUUUGGAAAAUCAAAUGGGAAAAAAACAAAACAAACAAAAAACCUGCCUCUCAUACAGGCAAUUCAGUGGAUUAUAACAGUGGAAGGUUGAAGUGUAGAGUUUUUUAAAAGUGGACAAUUCCUGUUCUUACAUCUGUUUGUAAAGAAAACCAUGAUGUCUUUAAAUCACCCUUCUGUAAAUAGAUGACCUUUUUGCAGUGUAUCCCCUUGCUGUAGCAUCUGGUGUACUUAAAUUUAAAUCAGCACAUCAACAUUGGGGGUCAUUUUUUAAAUUCUUUGUCUAUCUUUUUAACCCCAGCCUUCUAAACCACCUCACACGGCACAGUUACACAAUACUGGCUGUCAUGGGCAUUGUACUUCUGUUUCCACUAAAUUCAACUUUCCUGGGAAUGUUUCAAUCUUGUGAAAAUGUUUAGGUUUUAAUACAUACCCUGUCAUAAAGCCUGAAUGAGGUCUAAGUGCAGGAGCAGCAGAACUGUCAUGUUGGGAGUUUCCAGUGCGGGCUUUACUUUCUUCAUUAGUAGCACUGAAAAAAAUAUUACUGCAUGGGUAUGUUAGAGUUCAGUUUUAAAGUUUAAAGGCUUAUUUGAGGCAUACCUCAAUGUUUAUGCACACUGGUAAUUUGACCAUGCCCCUAAGUAUUCUUCUGCAUUUGAUGCAGCCCAACAAAGCUUUUGUUCUGAAAUAAAUUUGACUAUCCUGUCCAUAGCUACAGUCUAUCAUUUGUGACCUAAGGGUCUUCAUGUCUCAGGUUUCAAACAAGAAACACACACACACACACACACACUUUUCUUUAGUUGGAUACAUAUCUGGCUGAGUUAAAAAGAUAACAAUCUGUACAGAACUGUGGUCUUCCAGGCUUGUUUUAUGCUGCAUCCUGAACUAACCACUGAAUAUAGUCCUUUUAUAUCUCUCUGUCAGUGCCCACUCUGCUUCUACAGAACACCAGUAAAGUGUUGUCAAGGUGCAAGUAAUUUAAAGACUGAAUUUUAAACUAAUUAUGGUACUGGAGGAUGACUUUUUUUUUAUUAAGAAUUGCUUGCUGUGUUUUUAAGAUUUGCUUUCACACAGCUUUAUCUUGGUGUUCAGGCGGCUUCUACUGCACAGAUACUUAGUGGUUUGGGGAUAAUGUCGCUGAGAAAUGGAGGGAAAAAGAGGUCACAGACUUUUCAGGAGACCAGAACUUGUAGAACUCAAGUCCCUAGAGCCAUUGCCUGAGCCCCCCCUUAGCAUCUGUACCACUGGUUUUGAAUCCCCCCCCCUUUUUUUUUUAUUAUAGAUGAAGACACAGGCUCAAAUUUGCCCAUAUACCUUAGCAAGUAACAAAGACAGACAUUUGAGAUCUUAAAAUAAACUUUAGCCAUGCAUGGUAGCACACACCUUUAAUCUCAGCAAUUGGAAGGCAGAGGCAGGCACACCACUAAACGUACAAGGCUAGCCUGGAUUACAAGAUGAGUUCUGGGCCAGCCAAGGCUACACAGUGAGAUAGGAUUCUUAUCACUUGUAAAGUUUACAAGUGUCCAAAGUGUACCUUUACAAUAAUUAUAAACAUAAUGAAGACUAAGACUAAGUGUUUGAUUAAGUUUACUGCUGAAAGCCCACCCCCCCAACCCCCUGCCAAGUUCCAGUAAUAGCCUAGAACUUAGUAAAUCAUCUGGCCAACUGGCCCGAAAGAUGAUGAUGAUGACUGACCCUAAGGGUCUUUUGCUGUUCCAGGUUGGGUUCACUUUAGGACAGAUGAGCCUAGCUUGCUCCAUGCUCACCACAACAUGAAAUCCAGCAUCAUUUCUUAGUUCAAAACAACUAGAACAAGAUCCUCACAAAGUUUACCUAGAGAGGUGGAGGUACGCCUUACCGUGAUACUACUAAGGAGGGAGCAAGCAAGCACUGAGAUUAUGAAGUCAGCUACAAAUCAAGGUGUAGCAUUUUGUGGGCCAACACUAUAUCUGUAACACAUGCACAUACAGCUAAAUCAAGGUCUUCCAGUAGAGGUAAUAUUCUGAUAACUUUCCAGUCUAUUUAGUGAGAAAUUUUAUACUACACUUUAAAUUUUCAUAUGCUGUGAUUUUUGUCUUACAUACACUUAUUCCCUGAAAACUCCAGUAACAUGGUAUAGUUCAAAACUUUAAUAUGAAAUUAAAUGUAAAUUGUUUAAAGUUGUAAUCAGUAAAAGGCGAUCAGUC